GGAUCCCGGUGCUACCGGAGGGGGCGGCAGCGGUCCCCCCGCGCCCUCAGGGCCUCCCGGAGCGGCGGGCGCGGCCGCUCCCCGCGCUGCCUCCCUGCCGCCGGUAUCCAGGGUCUCGGCUCCGUUGCUGAGGGGCCGCCCGGGCCGGCCAUGGUGCGGCUGCACGUCAAGCGCGGCGGCGAGAGCGAGUUCCUGCUGGAGGCGCCGGGCAGCGCCCGCCUGGCCGAGCUGGCGCCGCUGGUGGCCCGCAUCCACAACGGGCGGCUGAAGGUGCAGCGCCUGUGCUCAGAGAUGGAGGAGCUGGCAGAGCAUGGCAUUUCCUUACCUUACAACAUGCAAGGACUGACAGAGGAGCAGAUAGAAGAGCUGAAGUUAAAGGACGAGUGGGCAGAGAAGUGUGUCCCAAGCGGUGGGAGCGUCUUCAGGAAGGAUGAGAUGGGGCGAAGAAAUGGAUUUGCUCCAAAUGAAAAAAUGCAGCAAGUUAUAAAGAAAACAAUAGAAGAAGCCAAGGCAUUAAUCUCUAAGAAACAAGUUCAGGCCAGUGUGUGCGUUGGCAUGGAGACGGUGACAGACGCCCUGGAGCAGCUCCGAGGGGCGGUCACGAUCGUGUAUCCCAUGGGAUUGCCCCCACAUGAUCCCAUCAGGAUGGAGUUUGAGGAUAAAGAAGACUUGUCAGGAACUCACGCUGGAACUGAAGUUAUAAAAGAAUCCGAAGCACAGUUGUGGUGGGCAGGAAAGCAGUUAGAAGAAACAAAGUUGCUGUCUGACUACGUGGGCAAAAAUGAGAAAACAACCAUCAUUGUGAAGAUCCAGAAGAAAGGGCAGGGAGCCCCGGGGCGGGAGCCUGUGCUGAGCCACGAGGAGCAGAAGGAGAUGAUGCUGUACUACCACAGGAAGCAGGAGGAGCUGAAGAAACUGGACGAGGAGGACGACGACUCCUUCCUCAGCGCUGAGUGGGCAGACAGCCACGCUCUGAAAAGGCAAUUCCACGGGGUCAAAGACAUCAAAUGGGGUCCCAGAUGAAGCUCUGCACGCCCCUUCCCAAGCUGCUCGCUUGGUGCUCCUGUUUGAAGCACGGAGUGUUGUGGUGUGUGUGGUAGAGUGUUCAGAGAGCAGCUGAACAAACUGUCCCUCCUGUGGCCUUAGGUGUUCAAUAAAUGUUCCUAUUUCUCUGUGACUGCAGCAGCACUUUCCUCUGCAAAGAAAUGAACAGGUUCUCCUGACGUGUGGUACUUUAUUAGAAACUUGCAGUUUGGAAUUGGAAAUGUCAGUCUGUUUCAUAGGCAGGAGAUGUAGUAAAUAUGCCCUGGAAUAUUGGUGUUGUUCAGAGAGCUCUUUAUACUCUCCUGCAUUGCUGUUAGAUGGUGUGCUCUGGAAAAGGUAAUUUAUUUUAUAGGAGAUCAGUUUCCCCUGACUCAUCCAGGGAGAAUGAAGGUUUUUUUAUGUGCUUGUUCACAUUUCAACAUAGCUAUUUCCAAACUGUCAUUUUGAAAUGAGUUAACCUCUUAAUAAUUGUUCAAAGUAAAUGUUUUUAUACAAACA